CUGUACACUGAGUUGUCGCUCUGUUCAGGAGCGAUUCCGAAAGUUGGUAAUUAUGAAUCGCAUAAAGCUCAGAUCCCCCUGCGGCACCCGUCGUCCAGGAUGCACUUGCGCAUGCGUACUGCUUACUCAAAAACUAGCUCGUGCGGAUGUUCUUUGCUCGACACACGUGUUUAACGGCUUCGACGAGUUGCGAUCUCGUGGUGAAAAACUAGGGAAGAAACAAACAUGGACGCUGUCAUUGAAGUAAAAGGAAGUUCCUCCACUGUGACUAUUGCAAGUGAUCAGAUGACGGACAGCGAACCUCAGAUGGACACUGUCACUGGAAGUACAGCCCCAGUAAGUGUAACAUGGGUGGAGAAGGAAGAGGGUGAUGUUCAAAAGGAAACCAAUGGUGUUGAACUGAUGAAAAAGACACCAGGAAAGGGGAAACGGAAGGCACCCUCUUCUGUUGAGACCACCCCAUCAAAGAAAACGAAGCCCAUGAAUGAUGGAUACUGUCUUUAUGUUGGCAACCUGAACACCACCAAAACAUUUGAAGAAGUCAAUGAUUCAUUAGCAAAUUACUUGAUGACACAAAGUCUUCUGGUUCAAGACAUCAGAUUGGACCGGUCCAAAAAACAUGCAUUUGUAGAUUUGGCUUCAGAGAUGGACUUGACCAAAGGUCUGACGUUAAAUGGACAAAUGAUGCACGAUAAGCCGAUGAAGAUCGCCAAAGCGAAUGUCAAGUGCAUGGAGAAGGUGCCGGUGAAAGCUCCAGCAAAGAACAAAACCGACAAUGAUGACAAAUGUUUGUUUCUGAAGAACGUCCCGUACAACGCAACAAAAGAAGAUAUUCUGAAAAUCUUCUGCCAGGCCGUCGAUGUUCGGUUUCCUGGUGGAACGGAAGGCCCAACAACGGGCAUUGCCUUUGUGGAGUUUAAAGAUAAAACUAUUGCUCAGGAACUUCAGCAACAAAAAAAGAAAGUGAUAAUUCAAGGCCGAGUUUUGAUUGUGGACUGUGUUGUAAAAGCAAAUCGGAAAGGCAAAGCUAAUGACUACAAAGCCCAAGCUCCAGCGGCUCCAAAUAACACCUUGUUUUUGAGCAAUUUGUCUUUCAUGAUAAAAGAAGUCUUCCUCAAGAAAUUCUUUAAGAUCGCUGUUCGUAUCACCAUACCUCAGUGCGACGGCAAAUCAAGGGGGUUUGGGUUUGUCAAGUUUGCAUCUGUGGCAGAUGCGGAAAAGGCCUUGCAGUCAUCCCAAAAACUGAAACUGUUCAAAAGGCUUGUCGGAGUACAAUUCAGCCAAACGCAAGCCGAUUCCGAGGAGACAUUCCAAUCCAAAACACUGAUUGUGAUGGGCCUUGCCGUGAAUACGACAGCAGAGACUCUUAAUAGUGCCUUUGAAGGGUCUUUAAGUACAAGAGUCCCUCUGGAUAGAAAAACUGGAGUUUCAAAAAGGUUUGGCUUUGUGGAAUUUGAGAGUGAAGAAGCCUGCAAAGCUGCCAAAGUAGACAUGGAGGACUGUGUGAUAGAUGGCAGGAAAGUGACGGUGGCUUAUGCAAAAGCCCCGUGUGCAGAAGCUCCCCUGACUCCUGGUGGACAGCCUGCAGUGCAGGCGGCUGCUGUAAAAGCUCCCCUGACACCAGGUGGACAGCCUGCAGUGCAGGCGGCUGCUGUAAAAGCUCCCCUGACUCCUGGUGGACAGCCUGCAAUGCAGGCGGCUGCUGUAAAAGCUCCCCUGACUCCUGGUGGACAGCCUGCAGUGCAGGCGGCUGCUGUAAAAGCUCCCCUGACUCCUGGUGGACAGCCUGCAAUGCAGGCGGCUGCUGUAAAAGCUCCUGACUCCUGGUGGACAGCCUGCAGUGCAGGCGGCUGCUGUAAAAGCUCCCCUGACUCCUGGUGGACAGCCUGCAGUGCAGGCGGCUGCUGUAAAAGCUCCCCUGACUCCUGGUGGACAGCCUGCAAUGCAGGCGGCUGCUGUAAAAGCUCCCCUGACUCCUGGUGGACAGCCUGCAAUGCAGGCGGCUGCUGUAAAAGCUCCCCUGACUCCUGGUGGACAGCCUGCAAUGCAGGCGGCUGCUGUAAAAGCUCCCCUGACUCCUGGUGGACAGCCUGCAGUGCAGGCGGCUGCUGUAAAAGCUCCCCUGACUCCUGGUGGACAGCCUGCCGGUCAGGUGGCUGGUGGAGGCAAGAAAAAAGGCAAGAAAAGUGGAGCUGGCAAACCACAAGAGGCUGUUAAAGAAGUAGAGAAGAAUGGCAUUCCUGCUUGAGAAACAACUCUUGGGGGAAAUUAUAGAGAUAUUGUUUCUCUUUAAAUGUACAACAAUCUAAAAGCAUGUACAAGCUCAAGGUUAAAUUAGCAUGUUGGUAAAAUGUGCACAGUAUUGUUAGUCCUACCUGUUGUCAUGUCAUAUUUGUAUUUUAAAUCUAUUUUUGAAAACAUGGAAGAUUUCUUAUUACAUUAAGUAGUUUUGUCAUGUAAAACCUUGAUAAAGAUGUACUCCUAAUGUGAAGACGAAUACAUUUUAAAACUACA